AUGAACUACAUUGUUCGUUCCACCGCUCAAGGCUCGAAGAAGCCGGAACACACCGACAUCGAGGUCGCCGUCAAGAGAGAGCCUGUUACCGAAGGUGAUUCCUCUACGCAGUCGCCUAGGAACAUUUAUUUCUUCAAGAGAAUGGUGGACGGCCGCCCCCACUUCGAUGCUCUGCAAGAAAUUGGUUCAGGCCGAAGGCAGCUGAGUGACGAACAAGCGAAUACCGAGUACGCGCUUUGGGAAACUGAACAAGGCGAUUUUAUCUACAAGCAGUCCGGGACCGACUUCCGAGUGCUGAAGUGUAUCGGAAACGCUGAGUAUCGCGGCGAGGAAGGAGACGCCCAAGUGAAGCACAAGUUCGCCACCAAAACCUUGGGCUUCAUCGCCAUUAGGGGUACAGAUUCCUCAUUGGAUGUUCUCAAGCUCGCUGUGAGCGGCACAUCGUUCAUUCCUCUCCGGGAGUCGAAAGACAACUUUCUCUACCAUGCGCGAUGGCACCGACGAGUGAAGAGAAUGGCUCGACACCUCGGUCUCAACCUUCGGACCUUCUACGAUGGCGCCGGCAAGCCGAUGACGGCAGAUAAUUGCGGCAAUUGGAGAGCAGGUCAUAUCGAAAAGAAACUCGCCACAUACAUGGUCUAUGCGAUGGUGUUCGCCCACGAUAUCAAGCCAGCAGACAGCCACGACAUCUCCCUCAAGGACUUGAAUCGACUUCGCAAACGCCUCCGAUACCAAGGCCUCGCGCCUCAUUACGAAAUCCAUAUCAGCAGAGCGCCGUGCGGUACGCCUCAGCGCCCCGGCCAGUGCAUCCCUCUCAGCAGCGACUACGACAGCGAGGAGGAGGAUCUGCUAGUUCACCUUGCCGAAGCCGAGGGUCGCAAAGACGACAUUGUGUAUGAUGGAUUCGAGAUAGCAGAAGACGAGCCUCGCACCUACGAUGCUUGCGCUGCUGAUGGCGAUGAGGCCGAAACAACUGACACGGAUUCCUCUCCCCUGCCUCAGCAGCACAUACCCCCUGAAGUUGCGACCAAAUUUGGCGAGAACCUGCGGGCGAAAUUUACUCGAAAGGAGAAGCACACCACAGAAUCGACCCCCGAGACUACCGAAAGCACUGAGAGUGUCGAGGAAAUUGAGCGAGAACUGUCUUACGUUGAUCUCGACCGUCCCCCUUCGCAAAGCCAGUACUGGGAGGCCCCUGCUACCGCGUCCACCGACGUAGCACGGCCGGGGGCUCUGUUUUUGCGGCUCGCCUGGGGGCGAUACUCGGCUUAA